AUGAGAAAUUGUUUAUUAAACCUUGCAUCAAAUAGUGAAGUAGAAUUGAAAAGUUUAGAAGAAUUUGUUUCAUUUGCUGUUGAAUUAAGUAGAAGAGAAAUAUGUUCUCCAUCUAUACCAAUAGUUCUUUUAUCAGAUACAUUUGAUAUAUUUACUUUGGAUCAAUGUGAGAAAUUGUUUGCAUAUGUUGAAAAUAAUGUUAACAUAUGGAAAGAAGAUAUGUUUUUUAGCGGUUGUAAAAAUAAUUUGCUAAGAAUGUGUAAUGAUUUAUUGAGAAGGCUGUCAAGAUCUCAAAAUACUGUUUUCAGAGGAAGGAUUUUACUAUUUUUAGCAAAAUUUUUUCCUUUUUCAGAAAGAUCUGGAUUAAAUAUUGUAAGCGAAUUCAAUUUGGAUAAUGUAGUAGAACAAUCUCAAGAUACAUCAAGCCUUGAAAAUUUUGAAACAAGUGAGGAAAAUGAUGAAGAAAUAAAAUUUAAAAUUGAUUAUAAUUUUUAUAAUAAAUUUUUAAGCCUUCAAGAUUUCAUGAGAAGUCCUAAUCAGUGUUACAAUAAAGUCAGAUGGAGAGUUUUUGUAAAUAGUGCAACUGAUGUGCUAGCUGCAUUUCAAAAUUUUAAAUUGGAUGCAGACCAAUAUCAAGAUAAACCGAUUCACGAUCACAUAUCAGAAGCCACAUCCUCGACAUUUUUUGCCAAAUAUUUGACAAAUCCUAAACUCUUGGAACUACAAUUGAGUGAUCCUGAUUUUCGAAGAUCAAUCCUAAUACAAUUUCUAAUCAUUUUACAAUAUUUGAGCUCUCCUGUAAAAUUUAAAUUAGGAUCUUACGAGCUUAAACCGGAUCAGCAAGAUUGGAUAAAAGAACAAGUUACUUUAGUGUAUCAGCUUCUGGCUGAAACUCCUUUGAACAGUCAUAGUUUUGCUCAAUCUGUUAAACAUAUAUUGGCGAGAGAAGAAUUGUGGAAUAAUUGGAAAAAUGCUGGGUGUCCAGAAUUUAAGAUGCCUGGAAAUGUAGAAGAAAAAAAUUCGACAAAAACUAAAGUUAGAGGGAAAAAAAGAAAUAUUGGAGAACUUAUUAAAGAGGCUACGGCUGAAAACAAAUAUUACAUGGGACAUCCUGAAUUAACAAGAUUGUGGAAUUUAAAUUCUAAUAAUUUAGAAGCAUGCAAAGCAAAAGAAAGAAAAUUUUUACCUGAUUUUGAUGAAUAUUUCGAAGAAGCCAUAAUGCAAAUGGAUCCUGAAGCUGCCAUAGAACCAGAAUACAAGAAAGUAAAAGAUCCGAAUUUCGGAUGGCGAGCUUUGAGACUCUUGACUCAAAGAACUUCCUGUUUUUUUAUAUCCACAAAUAAUCCCGUCACUGGUUUACCUGAUUACUUAGAAUUAAUAUUGAAAAAAAUAGUACAAGACCGUCCGCAAAAUUCAAACGGAGAAAUAAAACAGGAAGUGUUGAACACGGAAGCGGAAGAAGUUGAAGAUUUACUCAAAUCGGAAGAAAAGGAAAUGCAAGAAGAUGGAGGGGAAGAAAAUACGACGGAGCCGAGAAUAGCUUUACACCUAUUGAAAUCCGUGUCAAAUCUAAUAGGAGAACAUUGGAAAACGUUAGGUACAAAAUUAGGACUCGAAAAAAAGGAAAUAGAUAAAAUAAUUAAAGAAAAAUUGAGCGAUAGUGAAAGCGCGGAAAAAAUGUUAAAAAUAUGGAUUGACGUGGAUGUAGAUGCUUCACCUGAAAAUUUAGCUUAUACUUUAGAAGGUUUCAAUUUGAAUGAAGCUGCUGAAGUUUUAAAAGUUAACAAGCAGUAG